ACUGCAGACACACGCACACGCACGCACGCACUCGCACACACACACACACACACACACACACAGCUCACUUGCUCAUCACACACGCAGAGCUGAUGAAGCCAUAACGUCCAGAGCAGCGCGUCCGGAACAUGGGCUUUUCUGAAAGGGAUUUCCAGGACUUGUUAAAAACAUGUGACUCUCUUCUUUUCAGUCGAUUAAGCGAGCUUUCCUCCGGAUACUUCAUAUCGAACAGCAGCACACUGGUGAAUGGGGAAAGUGGGCGUCCUGCGGAUUAAUCUGUAGCAUCAGCCACCCUCAGUAUGUCAGGAAACACAACACUUCUGCUUUCCAGCCCCACAAAUGUCUUGGGCAACUCUUCUGUGCUGAAUGUCUCUGCCCCUCCACCCCUGCUUGACUGGGAGACCCCAACCUUCACCACAGCUGCUCGAUUCCGUGUUGUGGCCACCCUGGUGCUCUUUGUAUUUGCGGCGGUCAGUAACCUGUCUGUGCUGCUCAGUGUGACGCGGGGUCGAGGCAGGCGCUUGGCCUCACACUUGCGCCCGCUCAUCGCCAGCCUGGCCUCGGCUGACCUUGUCAUGACUUUUGUGGUGAUGCCACUGGAUGCAGUUUGGAAUGUGACGGUGCAGUGGUAUGCUGGGGAUGCCAUGUGUAAGCUGAUGUGCUUUCUGAAGCUGUUUGCGAUGCACUCGGCUGCGUUCAUCCUAGUGGUGGUGAGCCUGGACCGACACCACGCCAUCCUGCACCCACUGGACACACUGGACGCAGGACGCAGGAACAGGAGGAUGCUGUUGACUGCAUGGAUACUCAGCCUACUCCUUGCUUCCCCACAGUUGUUCAUUUUCCGGGCAAUUAAGGCCAAGGGAGUUGACUUUGUCCAGUGUGCUACACACGGAAGCUUCCAGCAGCACUGGCAGGAGACGACAUAUAACAUGUUCCACUUUGUCACACUGUAUGUGUUCCCUCUGCUUGUCAUGAGCUUGUGCUAUACUCGUAUCCUGGUUGAAAUCAACCGCCAGAUGCACAGAAGCAAAGACAAAGCAGGAGAGCCUUGUCUGAGACGCAGUGGAACAGAUAUGAUCCCCAAAGCCCGUAUGAAGACCCUAAAAAUGACCAUUAUUAUUGUUGCCUCCUUUGUCAUUUGCUGGACACCGUAUUACCUCCUUGGAAUCUGGUACUGGUUCCAGCCACAGAUGCUGCAAGUAAUCCCUGAUUAUGUUCAUCAUGUCUUCUUUGUUUUUGGAAACCUCAACACAUGUUGCGAUCCAGUCAUAUAUGGUUUCUUUACACCAUCAUUCCGUGCCGACUUGUCCAGAUGUUUCUGUUGGAGGAACCAACAUGCUUCAGCCAAAUCUCUGGCGCAGUUCUCUAGCCACAGGAGAGAAGUCAGUGGGGAAGCAGAAUCAGACUUAGGCAGUGGUGACCAACCCAGUGGACAACAAGCACAAAUGAUUUGAGCCCAAUAAUGUUUUGUGCUAAGAGGAUGUUGAAGGGAAAUGUGGUGAUUAACUGUAGUCUUAAUCAUGUUUUAACUUCUGCCUUAUCUGCCAAUCUGUAACUGUUCCAUGUGCUCUAGAAUUCUCGAAUCACGACCCAACAUGAGGGUAUUACUUGAAUGUUGAAAUGUAAUCCAACCCUGAAAUUAAGUAAUAACUGUAAGCGAUUUUUAAAUCAAAGAUUUAAAAUCAAAUCUGCUGAGUCGCUAUACAGAUCAUUUCAUAUGUAACUUGACAGUGACACAAAUUAUGUUGCCUUGAAUGAGUAAUCUAUAACACUGGGUUUGACAUGUCAGUGACAUGUUAAUUUGCAAAAUGUCACCAUUCAUUAUAUGUACCUGCAUAUUGGUGGUGCUUGGUAUGAGUUAUAGCUCUUACACACAGUACUUCUGUUUAGAGGAUGUUACUAAAUGACAGUUCAUUUCCGAGACCAGUUGUUUGUUAGUGCAACAUUAGCUUAAGUUUAGUAGGCUGAAGCAAGAAUGCAAACAACCUGGUAAAAGAACACAGCUGGAGAUGACCAAAGAACAGCUUUGAUUGUGAUGAAAAACUGUUGAACAACACUCUCAAGGAUAUACAGUAGCAAUAUAUCUUUCACAGAUCAUCAUAAAAGGAUGACCUCAAAGAGUUUGACACUUAUCUUUAUAGUAUACGUUUACAUGUAGCUAUUUGGCAGAGGUUUGCAUGUUCUUCCCAUGUUUGCGUGGGUUUCCUCUGGGUACAUCACAAAGCUGGGAAUGUGUCCAUGAUGUACACGUUUAUCACACUAAAAGAUCCAUGCAUACUAUGUACACCUCAUUUUAAUACAAACUGAUUGUUUUGACCAUGAUUGUUUUGAGUGCUUGUUGUAGGGCUUGUGGCCACGCAAGUUGCAUUUGAUCAGAUUGACUAAAUGACUAAAGGAUUUGAGAAGCCUUAAGAAUAGGAAGGCAUGGUUACUGAUUGCUUUUAAGUUAAAAAAAAAAAAUAGAGAGGAGAGAGAUGAGACACAGGUUAGACUAUACCAGAGUGAAGAAAAGGGAAAGUGUGGAAAGUGAAAAAAAAAUGGCUUAUUCUUCAGAACCUUGUCUGUGAAACAAAAAUAUUCAAAUAUUCAAAUCACUUGGCGUAAAUUGAAUAAUAGAUGGAAGGGCAGAUAAGUGGACACCCGAGGACCAAAAGCUAAUGUAUGGCUUGGUAACAUGCUGCUUUAAUCAUUAAAAAAACACUGGUUAUGUUGUCUUUACAUUCUCAUAGCUAUCAUUAAAAUAGAUACUCUGAUAAAGAUGUCUCUUUCCCUGCCCUUAGUUCUGUAAUUUCAAAAUAUUGCAGCUAUAUGAACCAAUCAGGAAACAUUUCUUCAAGGAGGCAGUGCUCCCUGCUAAUUAUUUAGCACAGGCACAAGCGCUUUAUACACGAGUAGGCUAUAAAUGAACAGGAAACAAAGCACUAGACUGAUGAAGGAGAUAAGCCUAGGAUUACAGCAAAGUUACUGAUACUGUAUAUCUAAUGGAUUACAGUACAAAACUGCCUGAGAAAAUAAAUAUUGCAGCAGAAAAGUAAGAAUCCGACAAAUAAGGGAUUGGGUAAGUGGGAAGGCACACAUGUUCAAGCUUGUCUUCCCACUUUCCCAACCCAAUUUUUUUUAAGCCUGAACAGAUUUGAGAGAAGGGCUUGAAACCUUUUCUUCUGCUUUACAGAUACACUUUGCUUGGUAAGUUCUGGUGGUAUACUGGUAUAUCUUAGAUAUGACCAGUCUAUAACACAGAUUGUUUUUAAACAAAUGUAAGAUUAUUAAACCCAUUUCUACAUAUUGUUAUACAUUUUCACUUCAAUCGUCUUGUUUUAUUGACAGUUUUAUGCUUAGUUUAACCUUUUUUUUUCUAGAAAGAAGUAAAAUAGAUUAUCUGCUAGUAGAAUAAGACAAUUUUAAGCUUGAAAUUAGUAAAUAUUUCUAGAAAUAGG